AUGGUCGCUCAUCCGAUCCUGCCCGAGGAGGGCAAGAAGAAUGUCCUCAUCACUUCGGCAUUGCCAUAUGUCAACAAUGUUCCACAUCUCGGCAACAUCAUUGGGUCGGUCUUGUCAGCGGACGUUUUCUCGAGGUAUUGCAAGGCGAGAGGGCAUCCUACGCUGUAUAUCUGUGGCACGGACGAGUAUGGCACUGCGACGGAGACGAAGGCCAUAGAAGAGCGCGUCACGCCCCAACAGCUCUGCGACAAGUACAACAAACUCCACAGAGAAGUCUAUGACUGGUUCGAGAUCGACUUUGACCACUUCGGCCGAACACCCACACAACAGCAGACCGACAUCGCCCAAGACAUCUUCACCAAGCUUCACAAGAACAAGUUCCUGGAAGAGCGGACCACAGUACAGCCCUACUGCACCAAGCACAACGGCUUCCUCGCAGAUCGAUUCGUGGAGGGAACAUGUCCUCUGUGCAACUACGAAGACGCACGAGGAGACCAGUGCGACAAGUGUGGACAUCUCCUCGAUCCUCUAGACCUCAAGAACCCACGAUGUAAGCUGGAUGGUGAGACACCUGAAGCCAGAGAGACCAAGCACGUCUUCCUGCUUCUGGACACGCUGCAAGAGCAGGUUGCAGCAUGGUCGAAGAAGAGCAACGAGAAGGGCGUGUGGAGCGACAACGGUAUCAACAUCACAAAUGCCUGGAUCAAGGAGGGUCUGAAGCCAAGAGGUAUCACAAGAGAUCUGAAGUGGGGAACAGCAGUACCACUGCAGGGAUACGAUGAUAAGGUGCUGUAUGUGUGGUUUGAUGCUUGCAUUGGUUACGUCUCAAUCACCGCGAACUACACGGAUCAGUGGGAGAAGUGGUGGAGAAAUCCGGACAACGUCGAGCUGUAUCAGUUCAUGGGCAAGGACAAUGUGCCGUUCCAUACGGUCGUCUUCCCUUGCUCGCAGCUCGGCACGGGCGAUAAGUGGACUAUGCUCAACACCCUUAGCACAACCGAGUACCUCAACUAUGAGCGCGGCAAGUUCAGUAAGAGUCGGGGUGUUGGUGUGUUUGGCACAAGUGCGAAGGAGACUGGCAUUGCGGCGGAUGUCUGGCGGUAUUUCCUGCUGCUGAGAAGACCCGAAACGAGCGACACUGAGUUUGAGUGGGGUGGCUUUAUCGCUGCGAACAACAACGAGCUCGUCGCCAACUUCGGCAACUUCGUCAACCGCGUGCUCAAGUUCGUCAACUCCGCCAACUACGACUCGGUCGUACCUGCCUGGUCACAAUCAGGAUUGGAUGCAGAGGUCGAGAAGGCUCUCAAUCAGCACAUCAAGGACACCAACGAGAAGCUGGCCGAGUACCGCAAAGAGUUCGAUGCCGUCCAUCUCAAAGCUGCAUUGGCCUGCGCCCGCGAGAUCUCCUCCCUGGGCAACCUCCUACUUCAAAGCAACAAGAUCGACAACAACCUGUUCAACAACGAGCGUGCACGAUGCGAUGCGGUCGUUAACCUCGCAGUGAACCAUGUCCAUCUCCUGGCUUCAGUCAUUGCACCAUACCUCCCAGCCACAUCACGCGCAAUCCUCGAGCAGCUCCAAGCUGAGCUCCUGAUUAUCCCCGACGAAUGGCAAGCCCAGAGCAUCCCAGCUUCCCACAAGAUCGGCAAAGCCCAACAUCUCUUCAAGAACAUCAAGCCAGAAAAGGAAGCCGAGUGGAAGGAGAUGUUCGGUGGUAGCGAAUUGAAAAAGGCCAAAGAAGAAGAGGCUAAGAAGAAGGCGGCGAGGAAGGCAGAGAAGGACAAGAAGAAGGCUAAGAAGGCUGCCGAGAGGGCGGGUCAAGCAGUCGAAAGCUCAGAGAAGGAUGGUGCCGAGAAGCCUUCCGCUGGUGAUGCGGUUGAAGAGGUCACAGAGGGUGUGAAACAGGCUGCAUUGCAGACUAGUUAG